AUGCAUGAGAUGUCCCUCGGACACACCGGACUUACCCCUCACUACCCACAGGUAGCCGGGAUAUACGCCAACAGCAACAUCAUAAGCCUGCCCACCCCCAUUUCUGUACAAGUUCGUCAACUCCAGACCACGCCAACUAAAUCUGGUGCCACAGACUUGACUUCAGAGAAAGAGAAUAGAACGGAAUAUACUACUCCAAAGUCUGUUACAUCUCCGUCUAUCCGCAAAGUGUUCGGAGGUCUUGAGAAUAUCAUCUUGAGUCCCUUCACAAAGAUGAGAGAAUCUACCGGAAAAAGCAGAGAAGAGAAGUCACGACAGACAAACCGAUCGCGACGCGAUAUUCUUGCCGACAACUCCCUCCCCGAAAAGAGUGCUGAUUCCAAUAGUGAAACUUUGUACACUACUUUGGUGGACGAACUGAAUGAACUGAAAACUCUAGUUUUCAAUAACAAAGUAGCGAUGGACAAGCAGGGGCAGCAAGUCGCCGAUCUACAAGCUAAUGUCCAAAAUAAAACGAAGAAGAUCGAGAAACAGGCCAAGCAGAUCGAAAAUCUGAUGACCGAACUCCAACACCAGCGUGAAUUCUCUAAAGACUUAUCAGACAAACUCUCUUCGAAGUGUGCAUGUGUCUGUGCUACUCGGGGAGAUGAACGGAGAAUUCAACGGCUAUAUUCAGAAAUCGUAAGCUCAGCAGCUCAGAACGACACCUAUGCGCCCGACACACAGACAUCAGCAACCCCCGACAAACAGGGCGGUGCUGUGUCCGACAUGAAGACUCCGGAAGCCCCCCGUGACAAACAGACCCCGGCAGCCUCCCGCUCUCAGGCCCCAGUGCCCACCGGUACAGACACACGGAUCCAGGCAGUCUCCGGUACACAGGAACCGGCAAGCCCCGCCAUACAGGCUCCGACAGACCCCGGCAAGCAGCCCCCGGCUCCGACAGACUCCGGCAAGCAGCCCCCGGCAACCUCCAGUCCCGACUCACGCGCCCAGGCAGUCCCUGUACACAGUCCCGACAACUCACGACACACGGGCCCGACAAACCCGGCGCACAGGCUACGACAACCCCAGGCACACAGGCCUCGGUAA